CCGCCCCCUUCCGCAAUCAACAACACCCUCACUUCCCGGGAAGGCUUGGGGACUUCCAAGAGCCUUAACCAGCUGACCCUCACUCUGCUGACCAAAACCACAAUCAUGUCACUUCGAGACUGCAAGGCUUGGAAGGAUGCUGGGCUCGCGCUCUCAACCACAAGCAAUGAAGCCUGCAAGCUGUUUGAUGCCACCUUGACCCAGUAUGUCAAGUGGACCAACGACAAGAGUCUUGGUGGCAUCGAGGGCUGCCUGUCAAAGCUCAAGGCAGCAGACCCAACUUUCGCCAUGGGUCAUGCCAUCUCUAACGGCCUUGUGCUCAUUGGCACGGGAAGCUCCGUGAAGCUGGACAAAGACCUGGACCUGGCUGUGAGGACGAUGAUGGAGGUUUCCCAGACCCAGACUCUGACACCUCGGGAGCAGCUACAUGUGUCUGCGGUGGAGAUGUUUGCCAAGGGAAACUUCCCAAAAGCCUGUGAUCUCUGGGAACAGAUCCUCCGGGACCACCCAACAGACAUGUUGGCUCUGAAGUUUUCCCAUGAUGCCUACUUCUAUCUGGGCUUCCAGGAGCAGAUGCGGGAUUCUGUGGCUCGAAUUUACCCCUUUUGGACACCUGACGUCCCCCUUAGCAGCUAUGUGAAAGGCAUCUAUUCUUUCGGACUGAUGGAAACCAACUUCUAUGAUCAGGCACAAAAGCUUGCCAAAGAGGCUUUAUCUAUUGAGCCGACAGAUGCGUGGUCAGUGCACACUAUUGCCCACAUACAUGAGAUGAGAGCAGAGGUCAAAGAUGGGCUGGAGUUCAUGCAGCACACCGAAGGCCACUGGAAGGACUCUGACAUGCUCGCUUGCCAUAAUUAUUGGCACUGGGCCCUGUACUUGAUCGAAAAGGGAGAAUACGAGGCUGCGCUAACCAUCUAUGACAACCAUAUCCUCCCCAGCCUGCAGGCCAGUGGCGCCAUGCUGGAUGUGGUGGACAGCUGCUCCAUGCUCUACCGUCUUCAGAUGGAAGGGGUGUCCCUUGGCCAGCGGUGGCAGGCUGUCCUACCUGUGACUAAGAAGCACACCCGAGACCACAUCCUUCUGUUCAAUGACGCUCACUUCCUGAUGGCCUCCCUGGGCGCACGGGACCUCCAGACCACACAGGAGCUGCUGACUACCCUACAGGAGGCCAGCGAGUCCCCAGGUGAGAACUGCCAGCAUCAGUUGGCACAAGAUGUGGGGCUGCCCCUGUGCCAGGCCCUUGUGGAGGCUGAGAACGGGAGUCCUGACCGAGUCCUAGAACUUCUCUUGCCAAUCCGCUACCGAAUUGUCCAGAUUGGGGGCAGCAACGCCCAGAGAGACGUCUUCAACCAGCUGCUGAUUCAUGCCGCCAUCAACUGCACCUCCAGUGUUCAUAAGAAUGUGGCCCGGAGCCUUCUGAUGGAGCGUGAUGCCUUGAAACCCAACUCACCCCUGACUGAGCGGCUCAUCCGCAAGGCAGCCACUGCCCAUCUCAUGCAGUAACCCAGGCCAGGUCCUUGGCCUACAGCUCAGCACUGACCUCCUGGCUUUAGGUUGACUGUCUGGUUGGGUUAGGGUUAGGAAACAGCUGGACUUGAUUGUCAGAGGAUAAAGUAGAAUUUUCCAGAUCAGUAGUUUAGUAGAAAUGAGGGACACAAGUUAAUUUUGAGUGGAUAUUCAGAAUUCCUCUCAGGGCCAACAUGCAUUUUUAAACCUCCAGAACCAAAGCAGUGCUAUUAUUUGCAGAUGCCUUUGUGUUUUCUUGUUCUGCUGCUGGCAGGCAGGGUAAAGGUGUAACGAGCUCAGCUGGGAGGUCUACACGUGACAGACACACACACACACACACACCUGGCACUAGUGAAACCUUUUCAUUUAGUUUUCCUUAUAUUCUACACAGGUCCCACUGUCCCUGGGAAGGAUUCCAGUGAGAGCUGCCUGGGGUCCCAGCCAGCAGAGGCUUUUCCUUUUGAGGGGGAGGGGACUCUGCUUCAUUGGUUUUGGCUAUCAGCCCUAGAUUGCAGCACUUGCCACCCUCUCCAAAGAUGAGGGGAAGGAUGGUUGGGGGGGGGUUGGUGGUGCCACCUGGAGCUUCUCUGUAAACUGCAUAUGGGAGUGAAGCUUGAGGGAUGGGGCUCUGAGUCUGCUCUUCUGAGUGAGUCUGAGAACUGAGCCCGGAUCUGCUCUGCUGUGGCAAAUAACCACAACACUGACAUGGCCGCCACGAGAGUAAACACAUCCCUGGGUGCAUGACAGGACAGCCCUCCUGGGAGGCUUGUUGCUGCUCUCCGGAAGGGGGGGGUGCAAAUGCAAAGAUGCUCCUCAGGCUCCUUCAGUUCCCGCGUUAGUGUGGACUAAUGGGCAGGUAGGUCUCCCAGGGGGACACGGAGGUCGGCAGACCUCCCGAGCUUUGCCCAGUCAGCUCAGUCCUGAACAGAUUCUGGACAUUAUUUUAAUGGGUUCCUUUGAUCACUCACUCCUGUGGACACCUCAGAGCAUCUCCUGGAUGCCAGGUUUGGGUUGGGUCCUGGGGAGAUAGGCUUCUCCUUCAAUUUUCAGUGGGUGGGGCAGCAAGUCAAGAAAUUGCGUAAUUGUCAUGAGAUUUUAAAGGUACUGUCUCUCUACCCCGCAGCCUAAGACAGGCACCAAGGGGCUCGUGGGGGGAGGGGGGAGAUGGAGGGCUCCUCAUGAUUUUUUUAACCUUAUUCCAAAUAAUACAGGAUUUACCCAGGAAGUAGGAGCCUUGCUCCCUCUUUCAGGAAGCCUCCCAGCCUUCCUGUGGGCUGGUGACAGCGCCUUCUCUUUGCCCCACAGCCCUCAGUACCUGCCUUUGCUGUUGUACCGCUUUCUGCUAUGAUUUCUUUCUGGUCAGGAAGUGUGAGCUCUGUAUCACCCAGCCACUCAGUGGUUUCCACUGAGGACCUGCCUGUAAAAGCCGGUGUGUAGGCGUGUAAGCUUCAAUGGAGGAGGGCAUGACUCUACCAGGGACAGAUCACUAAUUUAAAGAGAAAGUGUGUGUGUGUGUGUGUGUGUGUGUGUGUGUAGAGAUGGCUCCGUGGUUAAGAGCACUUGCUGCUCUUCUAGGGGACCAGGGUUCAGUUCCCAGCACCCGUGUGGCAGCUCACAACUGCCUGCCUGUAACUCUAGCCUCAGGGGAUCUGACACCCUCUUCAGGCCUCUGUAGGCACCAGCUUACAUGUACAUACUCACACAUUGACAAAAAGGGAAUAAAGGUAUAUUUUAAAAGCCAA